AAAUGCAGAGGCAGCAGCGGCGGCAGCAGUAGCGGCGGCGCCGGCGUUACUCCAAGCAGCCACAGCUCCAGCCACUACACUCGCAGCCAGCGAGCGAGGGAGAUCUCCGGCGAGACUCAGCGGGCGCCAGGACGAGCCGGGACCCCGCUCUCUCUCUCUCUCUCUCUUUGUGACCCCAGCCUCGCAGCCGCGCCAAAGGGGACAGAGGAGCAAAGGAACGAGGGCUCCAACAUGGGAGGCAAACUGAGCAAGAAGAAGAAGGGCUACAAUGUGAACGACGAAAAGGCCAAAGACAAGGACAAGAAGGCUGAGGGGGCAGCCGUGGAGGAAGGAGAGGCUCUGAAGGAGAACGAGCAGAGCCAGGCCACCACAACGGAGACGGCAGAAGUGAAGGAGAACAACCAGGAGGAUAAGCAGGGAGACAAGGAGGCCAAGAAGGCGGAAGAGAAAGAAGGGGAGAAAGAGACAGCUGCCCCGAGCCAGGAAGAGCCCAAGAAACCUGAGCCAGAAAAGCCUGAGGCCGCCGUCGAUGCUAAGGCUGAGCCUCCGAAGAACAACGAGCAGCAGGCGCCCAAGGCAGAGGAGACCAGCCCUGCCGCUCCUCCUCCAGCCAGCAGCGACGCGCCGAAACCUUCUGAGCCCAGCAGCGAUGCAAAAGCUUCCCAGCCUUCAGAAGCCACAGCUACUAGUAAAGUAGAUGACAAGGGCAAGGAGGAAGGGGAAGUCAAAAAGACUGAGGCUCCUGCAGUACCCACAGCCCCCCAAGAAACUAAAAGUGAAGUGGCCCCAGCUUCAGACUCAAAACCUAGCAGCAGUGAGGCUGCGCCUUCUUCCAAGGAGACCCCGGCAACAACAGAAGCACCUAGUUCUACUCCUAAGGCCUCAGAGCCUGCGGCCCCGCCAGAGGAAGUGAAACCAUCUGAAGCCCCGGCAACUAAUUCGGAUCAAACCAUAGCAGUGAAAGAUUAAAUUUGGACAGCCUAUUGGGAAACGAAGCAGCGGCAGCAGCAGAG